AACUAAACUUGUGUUGCGCCUGCGAUUGUUGUCGGUCUCAGAUCAUCGCGGUCUUCAUUGUUCAAGUUUCUUUUAUAUGUAAGUCUUCCUCAAUUGUAAUUGUUUCACGGAUCAAUGUUUGUUACGUUGAAAAGUUGUGAGAUUUGGGAAAAUUAGUUCAUGGAAAAGCACAAAAAUGGAAGGGACUGUUUUUGCUCCUGCAUUGGAAGGAAUGAAGUAUGUGAAGUCUGAACAGGGAGAAAUUUUGUCCAAGCCUUUCUUGGAUGUCUGCAAGCAUAUACUUCCUGUUAUAGAGAAAUUUGGAGCUGCUAUGACCCUUGUUAAAUCUGACAUAGGUGGUAAUAUAUCGAGAUUGGAAUCUAAAUAUUCAUCAAAUCCAACCAAAUUCAACUGCCUGUAUAGUUUGGUACAAGUAGAGGUUGAAACUAAAACUGCCAAGUCAUCAUCCAGUUGUACCAAUGGACUUCUUUGGCUUACAAGAGCUAUGGAUUUCUUGGUGGCACUGUUCCGAAACUUAAUUGAGCAUGCAGAUUGGUCAAUGUCACAAGCCUGUACAGAUUCCUAUAACAAGACUCUAAAGAAGUGGCAUGGCUGGCUUGCAAGUUCAAGCUUCACUGUAGCGAUGAAGCUUGCUCCAGAUAGGAAGAAAUUCAUGGAGGUGAUACAAGGGGGUGGUGAUAUUAACGCUGACAUAGAGCAAUUUUGUAUUACCUUUUCUCCUUUCCUUGAAGAGAAUCACAAGUUUCUGGCUCGAUUUGGCUUGGAUGAUAUGAAGGCUUCAUGAAGCAUGGAUUCAUGAUUAGAAGCCUAUUGAUGAAUGGCUCUUGAAUUUUCACUCUCUUAUUUGGUUGAGUCUUAAAGCUCAAUGUUUCUCUAUUAGCAUCCAAACCAAUGGACAUGAUGAUAAAAAUAAAUAAAUGAUUUAUAGUAAUUUACCAUACAAAUGACUUGUAUUCUGUUUGGUGGUGUGGAAUGUUUGGACCAAUGCGAUUUGCCAAGAAACGAACUUAUUGAACUGUAGUUUUGCAUGUGGUUAAAUUGAUUCUUUAUACUAAAAGAACAAACGAUUAUUCAGUU